GGGGCGGACAGGAGUGUUCAGUCACCUUCACUCAAAAAGCCCACCACUGUCGGGGAAAGUGAGAGGUCAGAAGUCAGAUGACACACUUGUGAGAAAAAAGGACAACUUCAGGGCGGCCUGAGCACUGAUCUCCAAGUCACGGGAUGCCUUCCAGAGGCUGUUGGAGAAAUCUUGGCCCUAUUCACUGGAAUGAAUUUUUCCCCAUUGCUGAUGGUGAUCAGCAGUCUCCGAUUGAGAUUAAAACCAAAGAAGUGAAAUAUGACUCCUCACUCCGACCUCUCAGUAUCAAGUAUGAUCCUACCUCAGCUAAAAUCAUCAGCAACAGUGGCCAUUCCUUCAACGUUGACUUUGACGACACAGAGGACAAAUCAGUUCUUCGUGGAGGUCCUCUCUCUGGAAGCUACAGGUUGCGGCAGUUCCACCUGCACUGGGGGUCAGCAGAUGACCACGGCUCUGAGCAUGUGGUAGAUGGAGUGAGAUAUGCUGCAGAGCUUCAUGUUGUCCACUGGAAUUCAGACAAAUACCCCAGCUUUGUAGAGGCAGCUCAUGAGUCGGAUGGGCUGGCUGUCCUGGGAGUAUUUCUACAGAUUGGGGAACACAAUCCCCAACUGCAAAAGAUCACUGACAUUUUGGAUUCCAUUAAGGAAAAGGGUAAGCAAACCCGAUUCACAAACUUUGACCCAUCAUCUCUGCUUCCACCAUCCUGGGACUAUUGGACAUAUCCUGGUUCUCUGACAGUUCCACCUCUCCUUGAAAGUGUCACGUGGAUUGUUUUAAAACAGCCUAUAAACAUCAGCUCUCAACAGCUGGCCAGAUGCCGUAGCCUCCUGUGUACAGCCGAGGGCGAGACGGCAGCUUUCCUGUUAAGCAAUCAUCGUCCACCACAGCCCUUGAAGGGCCGCAGAGUGAGAGCAUCCUUCUAUUAACAGCCCAACCCGGAGCAGGAAGGCGGCAAACAAAACAGAACUCAGACAUUCUUACUACCAGCUCUUCUAGACUUCCAUGGUUAUGAAUUCCAUUUUCGCAGCAGCUUUGGCACCACAGAGAAAAUCAGAGAUCUGAACUAACUAACUUAGCUUAUCACUCUUAGAUUUGCACUAACACAUGUCCAAUUGGUAAACACUGUUGGGUGUAUAUUAUACCACAAAGUACACCUGCGUCACCCUUCAAGACCAUAUAUGGUCAGCCUUACAAACCUCAGACCGCACUAAAAGAUUGUUGUGGUCUUUGGCUGAUGUUACCACAUUUUAAAUAGUGUUUGCUAGAAACUUUAAACUCACUUUGAAAAUGGUAUAAUUCCUAAACAAGAAGUUCUUAUAGUUUUUGUAUUUUUCUUAUUAAUCAUGACUAUGCAUUUCCUUUAAUGUACUUUUUCCCCCCUCAAACUCUCAUUGUGAGUACGGUGAUAGACUACACUACAUGAGACACACAGGGAUUGAGAUAGAAUACUAUGUCUACUUCUCUGACCAAAGUAACCUAGAGUUUCAGUGAGGAAUUCUUCAGGCUAUAAACAGCUAUUUAAGGCAUUAUUUCAUGUGAUAUAUUCACCUAAGAAUGUUACUGACCACCAGGGUGAUCACUGGCAUAUUGUAUAGCAGUGUUGGCUGGCUCAUGGCAUUAAUGCAGUUCAGACUGUCAGGUUACACAAUACCACUACAGCAGAACUGCCCCGAGCUGGAGAACAAGUUCCCACAUUUGCCCUGUGUUUUAGCAGGGCAGGGAUCUAUCCUAUGUGUGGUUUUUUUUUUUUGUUUGUUUGUUUGUUUGUUUGUUUUUGUUUUUCUGUCACUAGUGAAAAAAAAAAAAAUGAACCCAGUCUCACAUAAAUGCCUAAGCCAUCAAUGCAUUUUCCUGGCAAAUCUCAUUUUUCAAUUGUACUAAGUCUAUUACAUGAUUUAAUAAGACACCAUUUCGUACUGAUUUUAACCUGUUCUGUCUGGAGAGGUUUUUGUUUACAUUUGGUGGAGGAAGAUGGAUGCCAUGUUUCUUUUGCUUUUCCAUUAUGGAGUGACCCUAUCAUUAACUCAAUAACCGUGCUUGACUUGAAUAUUUGUUACACUUUUGCUAUUUACUGAGAAAGUGUCCCUGGGUUUCUUCAUUUUAAUGAUUUGUUUCAGAUCUCUCUCAUCUUCUAAAUUUAAAGCUAAUUAAAAAUAUUCUUUGUAUUCUUCUUGGUGGAAUAACUUCAUUUUAAGAAAAUUGUAUGAUGAAAUCUACUGUCACAUAAGACAAGAGCCUGAAUAUUAGAAUGGACACGUCAGCCAUUGUUUUGCCCUCUUGAGUGUCCAACUUAAGGCCUUGAGGAAGAUCCAUAUACCAUAAAUAUUUAAUGAGUUGGAUAGGUAAGGAUUUAUUUGAUAAUUUUUGGUAACUGUCAUUCUCUCUGAGGUCAAUGCAGUCAAAUUAAUUUAACAAUUAAAAUAGGAUAUCUCUUGAAAGUUUUUUCAGAGGUAGUAUUUAUUAAUCCACCUUUUAGGACCAGAGGUUCUAAUGGUUUCGAAUGUGUCAGUGUUAGGUGGGAAGGUAUGUCUUUCGUUUGGAAAUACAUGCAGGGAAGCAUUCUAGUCAGAGAGGAGUCUGUUUUAUCCAAGUUUGGAAUGUGUGAAGGUGGAGACUCUAAUGACAUCUAAGUGUUACACAGUUGGUAACUCAUGUUUUCACUGCAGCAUGGGGCUCUUCUGUGAUGUACAUCUCACCACAGUGGGAUAAAACUAUCCAACUAGCACUAUUUUCUUGGAGAUCAUCUGCUUAUGUACAUCUCUUUGAGGGAUAUGGUCUGUGCUUUAAAUUUGUUGUAGUAGUUUCUUUCAAUAGAACUGUAAGUUACUCGUGUGGAUCUCUUACUUCCCAUAUCACCUACUGAUUUCUGCGUGUUAAGCAUUUUGUAUUAUAAUUUAAUUUGAUUCAACUUUAAUAAAGAAAAUGAGAAAAACA